AUGUUCCUGUUAUCCAGAAUAGUGUCGAGGUUCUAUCCGUUGCUCCUGUUCGUAGGGGCGAAUCUGGUGAUCUCGAUGCCCGCUCCGUCCUCGAGGCGAUCGUCCGAGCUAGCCUCGGAUGACGUGGCUGGGGGGGGCGAAGGGUUCUCCAACGUGCCGAAAAUUCUGGAGAUUCAGUUACCUUUGAGGAUCGCGACGAAGGAGGAUCUGGUCGCGUGGGCCAGGUACGUGAUGGGUUUGAUGGCGUCCCGCAUAAACAUCACUCUGACCACGGUGAAAGAGUCGCCCUCGAGAAUUGCAGGGAGAGCGGAGAAAAUCGCGAAACAGUAUCCGGUUAAAAAUACGGCGUAUCGAUACUUGGAAGGCGGUGGAUCCGAUGGCGGCCGACAUUUCGUAAAGAGUUUCGAGAACACGAGAUACGCGGAGAACGUGAGAAACGUUGGACGCGUGACGAGCGUCGAUCGGGACAAGAUACCUGCGGCUGUCAGGAUCGCGACAGAGAACGUCGACGGACACGUCGAAAACUCGGUGCAGAACGGAGACGUUCAAUCGUCGAGAGAGAGGGUGUACUCCACUUCCCGGUUGCCAACCAUAGCCAUGCUGGAUGGAGCGAUUGGCAAGGGUUCGUUCAACGAUCGACGACUUUUCCAACCGAUUUUCGCCAUCUCGGAUAGUACGAUUCCAAGCCCUCUCCACGUAAAUAUCCCCAAGCCUGGAAUCGGCAAGGAUCCAGACUCGAACGACUCGUUCGACACGAAUUUUUUGAAAACGGGAGAUCGGCAAUUGUUCGUCCCACAAUUUCCCAACUUUGGGCCGGCCAUCGAGCUGAAACCCAACGGCAUCUUUCCAGAUACGAGCGCCGUCUCGCCCCCUACCAGGGCUUAUCUACCCGUGGCCACGACCACCGUCACCGCCGACAACGUCGAGUUUCCCAACGAUCCGUUCGUGGCUAGAUACCUGUACGACGGUGUCGGGAGGAACGUUUCGAGCAACGUCCUUCCGGAGACAGUCACUCCGCUCUUCACGACGGACCAGAUUACCUCCUCCCCGCCAACGAGAAACCUCCCCCUCGUCCCAUCUCGAAACAGGAACACGAGCUCGGCAACGCCUCUGUUCAAGGCGGUUCCGUUCGAGGCGGUGAUCACGUUCACGCGCGACGAGCCUUACCAUAUCCGGGGGAGGAACGAGGGUGGCGAGUAUUCCGCCGUGUCGACCCCCAAGGAUCCUCCUCCCAGGGAUCGAUUUCCACCCUACUUCGACGCCUCGAAUCACACGUUGACCAACGAAUCGGGACGGAUCGACGUUGUGCUCGACGAUGAAGGGCGCGCGAUCGAGGCAGGGCUUCUCGGGGAGAAGGAAGGAGGGAGGGAGGAGGAGAGGAAGAAAGAGGAGAGGAAGAAGGACGAGGGCUCGAAGGGGGAGAAGUCGAAGAAACGGAAGCCAGAGAAGAAGGCUACGUCGCCCCUCGGCCAGUUGAUCAAGUCGUUCGUCGCGCUUAGGAGGAAUUCCACCCUCGUCGCGAAUCUUGUCCCCCCUCUUCCGUUGAGACAGCGGACGCCGACCACGCAGAGGAUUCCCUCGCGUCAGAGAGCGCCACCACCGACGAGGACCCAGCUCUACUCGACGGAGAAACCACCUUCUGCGCUCAGACAAGGAAGACGUAAUCAGACGUCUCUGGCGCAACAACAAACCGAGGGCGGCAAGGAAGGAAGCGAAGAAGUAAGCGCGAGGGAGGAGGGCAAGGAAGAGGCCGAAGAGAGCAAAGAGAGCGAGGAUGUCGAGGAUGUCGAGGGAGGAAUCGAGAACGAAGCUUCCAGCGAAGAAAAUUCCGACGAAGAGGAGGAGGGAGGAGGCGGACCUAUCAACGCCAUCAUCUCUCUUCUUCAACUCGCAGCGCCUAUUCUGGAAGAUCUGAGCGACCCUGAAUCCGAAACCGACAUUGCCGAAGUGCUUGAAGUAGGGAUCCCGUUGCUUCAAGACUUGUCGCAAGGAGACGACGAAACGCCAGGCGUCGACUUUCCAGGAUUAUUGGUCCCGAUUUUGUUGCAAAUUAGCGGAGAGGACGGAAUGAGGGAUUCAGGCGCCAUUUUGACACCGUUGCUUCAACUAAGCGCGCCGCUCAUAGGACCUCUCGUUGGUCCGUUAGUCGUACCGUUGAGCCGCCAGAGCAGCCAGCCUCCAGGUCAAGGAUCAUCGAUCAGUAACUUGAUCAAGGGUCUCUUGGCUCCCUUGCUCGAGCCAAUCGGCCCGUAUGGAAAGAUGACGCAACUUUCGAACCUGAUCGCCGGAAUUGUGUCUAGUCUUAGCAAAAAUUCAGGGGCUGGUGGCGCGUCAGACUUGACGAGCCUCGUGAAAGCCGUGGUCGCCGGAUCGGUGGCAGGAACGAGCGCAGGCUCGAGCGGGAACAAAGACUCUUACGGAGCUGAUGCUGCAUACGGUACAGACAAUUCUUAUAACGCUUAUCCUAACGCACCAUCGAAGAACACCUCGCUCGGCUCUUCCAUCAAUGACAUCCUUAACGCGAUAUUAAAAGUGGUCGCCUCGUUAGUGAACGCCAUUUCCGCAAUUUUGGGCACCUCGUCGAACAGCUCGAACCAACCGCAAACCUAUCCCUCGCCGCCCCCCGCCUACCCCAAAAAACCCUAUAAAAUCCGUCCCGCCGAUUAUGUUAGCAUAACAACCAGCAAACCGGAACGUGUAGUAAGGGUAUAAAGGAUCAAUUCUUGAAUAUUUUUUUUUUUUUUUUUUUUUUUAAUAGCGUUAACAGUUAGAUUUUUAUUAGACUUUAUCUAUAUCAAAGGGAUAAGAAUUAUCAACAUUGUAUUUGAUUCAUUGUAAUGAUUCUUGACUAGUAUCGAUUAUUUUUGUUCGUUCAUCGAGUUUAACAACAUUUUACGCCGAAGGGAAUUAACGAAAUAUAUUUAGAAUAGAAGGGUUUUAGAAUAUAUUUUUCGAGAAAAUUGAAACUUAUGUCUUUCGAUUUGUUGGCAAUUUUUGUUUUAAUGGAGGAAUAAUAUGUUUUUUUUUUUCUUUUGUAUAUUAGUGAGAAAUAAAAGUGUGCUUUUCCGUGUUCUGCCUUUUCAUUGAAAUUCAAGCAUUGAAUUUAUUUAUUCGAUUGUUAUGAAUCGUUGCAAG